UUGCAGCAGGCCCUACUGCAGCAGCAGAUAGAAAUAACAAUGGAAAUCAUUCGAUCUUUAUACUCGACUGUUUACUGUCAAGCUCAUUCACAAGCAAAUGGACUUUUACUGGCAGGAAAUAAUGAAGGAAAAAUAUUGGUCUAUAACAUAGAGUGUCUAUUGGAGCGUGAGGAGGGAGGUGGUGUCAGUGGUGAGCGUCCAGAGGGGCCAAGUGUUGCUGUCAAUGCAUCUCUUCAUCCAGUAUACAGCAUGGUAUCCUCCCCAGCCUUUGCCAUCACAGGAUCUUCUGGCUCUUUGGCUGGCUGGAGAUGGAGUGACCUAAAGGAACUGGAUGAAGCUGUCUCACCAGCAUGGACCAUAGCCCUUCAGGGUGAUCAAUCCAACUUUGGGACUCCAGAAAUCAAUGGCUUAUCGUACAAUGCCGAGUCCAACUUAAUAUGGGCAGCAUGUGGUGACUGGAAGGCCCGAGGAUAUGACAUGGAGACAGGCAGACUUAUUUCCACUCUUGAUGCUCACAAGGAUUAUGUACAUCAAGUUGCUGUCAGUGGGAGCAGUGGCGUAGUGUCAUGUGGUGAAGAUGGUGCUGUUCUUGUAUGGGAUUGCCGGGCGCCCAGGGUGCCAGUCAUGACAAUUGUUCCUUCACAGCAGACCUCUCUGGCCAGACCGAAUCUGGGCAAGUUUGUGCGUUGCGUGGACACCGCUGGUGGCGAGUGGCUUGUGUGUGGUGGUGGCCCUUCCGCUGGCGUCUUCCACCUGCGCUCAGGCGGCCUCGUGGCGACCCUGCCGCCCAGCGACGCCCUCACGCCCGUCACCGUCGCUCAGUUUACCAGACAAGACCAGGCCUCCAGUAUCGUUACGGCAGGAUGCGAUGGUGGUGGCGUGAGCGUGUGCAGUUUGUCCGGCCAGGUGACGGCACAGCUCCCUGCCGUCGCCCGAUGUGUCUACUCCGUCGCCGCCUCCUUCGACAAACACACUCUGAUGAGCGUUGCUGGGACGGGGAGUAGAAUCGACAUCUGCUUGAACCUGAGCUACAGAGACCACUCGCUCAGCACCGUCUUGGACUGAGCGCCUAUUAUGUCGUUAAUAUUACCGCCAUAUUUUGAACCCCUUGAUGAGAUCAGCGACCAAGCAAGCGAUAAUUUCUGCUGUAUCCUCGUGGCUUAUCCAAUGAGGCUGGAAUGAGGAAUCUGUGAUAUGCUUUCGUAAUGGAACCCAGCCUUACAUUUUAAUUUAAAAUUUUCAAUCAAUUUUUAAUUUAAUAUUAUUCAAGCGAAAGUCUUCUGAUGAAUGUGAAUGGUGGUUCAUCAUUGAAUAACAAUUUUUGAACGAAUCAAGGUAGGAUGCGCCUAAAUACAGAACGCUGAAAUUUAAGAUUCUAACCUCACAACUUCAAGGCUUGUGGCUACGUUCACUAGUCACAGUUUCAUGUGUUACCAGGGCUAGAUCUAGUUUUUGAGAUAAAAAAAACAUCAUACUUUGCUCAUAUUUUUUUUUACAAAUGUCGAUGGUGACAGUCCGAACUGCAACUAAUGCGAGACUCUCGAUUAAUAAACAUACUAUAACAA